UCUGUUUCAGUCGAGCGACGCAACUCGAACGCAACGGUACAUGAGCGGCGGUUGGCGAGCGAAUCCAGUGUCCCCCAUUAUCAACAACAACUCUCCGAACACCGAACUGCAGUUGAAUUAAACCACAAAUACUGCGUGUGUGUGUUUUUUUUUUUUCAAGUUUCAUAGAUGUAGUAAAAUAUUUACUCAAAAUUACACAAAAGAAUUCGCGUUGUGCGAAAGUUGCCAAAAAUCAGCAGCCGCACUUUGAAGUUACGUCAAAAGAAGUCGCGCAAAGAGGAAGAGUGAGAGCGAGAGAGGUGGCAAGAGAGCUGAAAGAAAGAAAACAACAACAAGGCAGAGGCACGCGAUAGGAUAGGAGUAACUGUAAAUGUGAGGGGAUAAAAGUAGGAGAAAGUAGAAAUCAGCAAAAGAACUUUUCGUAGUAUUUGUUGUUGCUUUCGGUUUGUUGUUUUUGGCGCGUCGUCGCCGUUUGCUUUUUUGUUUUUAUUAGUUUUAUUUAUUUUUCAUUUCAUUUCGAUUUUUCUUUUUUUUUCUCUUUUUUUUUUGUGUUUGUUGUUGUGCCUGUGCCUUUGUUGAUUGCUGUGCAGCCGGCUUUGGCCAAAAGGUAGGGGGUGAUAAAGCGAGCAGAAAGAGGAGGCAGAGGAGGCUUAUGUAAAGCGUGCUUGAAGCGUGCUAUGGAAGCAUGUCGUCCACUUCCAGCUCCGUGCUAACGUUGUCAUCGUUUAAUCUAUUAUUUUUCACCCAAGUGCUCACCGUACUCAGCUCGACGAUCAAGUACAACGAAUACGCGACGGACAAGGGCGGCAAUGUGAGCAUACCGUGCAUAGCCCAGGGAAAUAUCAUGUGGGUGAAAGAGCACGGCAACAACAGCACGAUAGUUCAGACUGGCCGUGUUCUGGUGCUGCGAAAUGUGAGCACCACGGAUGCGGGAAUCUACGUGUGCUUCGCGUCAGUGCCACGCCCCACGACAACAGCAACAGCAGCAACAUCAGCAACUACCUCACCGCAAAAUCAGGAGGAGAAGGAAAGGCGGCCGCUGGAGGAUGAGGAUGGUGGCCAAGGGGAAACCCAGCAGGAAGCCGAAAUGGAGGAAGUGGAAGUGGAGUACCUCGCCCACCAGCGAACCAAGCUCAUCGUUCGCACCGUUCCGGGCCCAGUGUCGCAGCUAUACUUCAAGGCCUCCACCAUACUGGGCUUCCUCAUCUGGCGCUUCAAUAAGACCCAAUCCGGUGGCUAUCCGGUGCGCAGCUUUACGGCGGAGUAUCGCAACGUCUCCUACAAGACGCCGCCGGCGAAUGCCAGUUUCGAGCACGCCUGGAGCCGGAUGGAUCCCAUCAACAUAGCCUUCAAUGUGCGCCAAAUGGAGGUCUAUCGCCUGGCACCCAACACCACCUAUGAGUUUCGGAUAUGGGCCAACAACGAACUGGGCAGCGGCGAGGUGGUCACCACCAAUGUGACCACGCUGCCGGAGACCAAGGAGGAGGAUCUCAUACGCCUUAUAAAACCCGACCUAGACAAUUUCGAUCCACGCAUUUGGAUAGUGGCCGUCAGCAUAGUGCUCGGAACCCUUGUGAUAUUAGCGAUCGGACUCUGCAUUGUGCUCUCCAAGGAGUGCUAUCAGUCGGCGCAAAUGGAACUGCAAGAUGGUUGGGACAGCAUUGAGCUUAUACCGAACAUAAUACUUAAUCCCGGUUUCAGCGAGUCGGACGGCGGAGCCGAGCCUGGUGGCCAAGGUCAUGGUGGUGGUGCUGGCGAUCCGGAUGCUGGCGAGGAUGACGAUGACGAUGUGGCAAUGCCAUUUCCGCGCACCAUCAUCUUUGGCCAGCACCAUCGAACGCCGCCGCCGCCGCGUUUGCAUUUGCCACCGCAGCACCACCGCCAUCAAAACCAGAGCCACCACCAUCACCAGCACCAGCACCAUCGGCGGCAGGACGACGAUGAUGACGACGACUACGAGGAGGAGCACGAACCCACCAUGGAGCGGUUCAAGCGCAAAGUUUCCGUCUUCUUCACCGGACCCACCAUCAAGCGCAUUUGAGACGUACUUGAGUACAAACACUGUUCACCUAGGUUGUUGCAUUGCGGCUUGAUCGGAUAGUUAGGAUGUUAGGAUCCACCACCAAACCACACUACACCAAACACCACACACCAUACACCACACACCACACACCAUACACCACACACCACACACCAUAAGCCACACACCACACACAAUACACAUAGAUAUAGAUAUAGAAAGUGAGAGAGCUUAUCGAUCGAAAGUUUCGUUUUCAUUUCGGUUUCCUGUCCAAGCUUAAACUAUGAAAUACCAAAAGAAAAAAAAAAUAGAA